CUCCUUUAGGUCUCUCUUGGUUCCAUGUAUUUACAUUAAUAACGUCUUUCUCCAGCUCCUUGAUAAAGAAGCCUCCAGAUGUGACCAAAGCUCGCAAAAUGAAGACAGAACACCUGCUUAAAGUAGAGGAUCAUGAUUUCACUAUGAGACCAGCAUUCGGAGGUCCGGCGAUCCCUGUUGGAGUGGACGUCCAAGUGGAGAGCUUGGACAGCAUCUCUGAAGUUGAUAUGGACUUUACUAUGACUCUUUACCUGAGACACUACUGGAAGGACGAGCGGUUGUCGUUCAUCAGCAGCACCAAUAAAAGCAUGACGUUUGAUGGUCGUCUGGUAAAGAAGAUCUGGGUCCCUGAUGUCUUCUUUGUCCACUCCAAGAGGUCUUUUAUUCAUGACACCACCACAGACAACAUAAUGCUGCGGGUCUUUCCUGAUGGACACGUCCUCUACAGUCUGAGAGUGACAGUGACCGCAGCCUGUAACAUGGACUUUAGCCGCUUUCCACUUGAUUCUCAGACCUGCUCACUGGAGUUGGAAAGCUAUGCCUACACAGAUGAAGACCUGAUGCUGUACUGGAAGAGUGGAGAUGAGUCACUCAGCACUGACGAUCGCAUCUCUUUAUCACAGUUCCUCAUCCAAAAGUUUCACACCACGUCUCGCUUGGCCUUCUACAGCAGCACUGGCUGGUACAAUCGACUCUUCAUCAAUUUUACACUGCGUCGGCACAUAUUCUUCUUCCUGCUUCAGACAUACUUUCCCGCCACACUGAUGGUGAUGCUUUCAUGGGUCUCCUUCUGGAUCGACUGGCGAGCCGUCCCAGCCAGAGUUUCCCUGGGCAUAACUACAGUACUCACCAUGUCCACCAUCAUCACUGGUGUAAAUGCAUCCAUGCCCCGUGUGUCCUACAUCAAAGCUGUGGACAUUUACCUAUGGGUCAGCUUUGUCUUUGUCUUUCUGUCUGUCCUGGAGUACGCUGCUGUCAACUACCUGUCCACUGUCCAGGACCGCCGCGAACGCAAGUUGAGAGAAAAGGUGCAAUCUCAGUCUCUGCCCUGCACCUGUGGCAUCUCCCAGACAAGAACCAUGAUCAUGUUGGACGGCACCUACAGUGAGGCAGACAUGAACAGCUUGGCCUGCUUCACUGAAGAGUCACUGGUCCCUGAGGAGGAACAGGGAGAUGCUUCUCAGAAAGCUGAACGCAUGGUGGUCCAUCUAUCAGUCAGCAGUGAGUCUACUCAAACCACCACCAAGAAGAAGAAGAGCUUGCGAACUCUCAACAUCAUCCAGAACACACAUGCCAUUGAUAAAUACUCUCGGAUGAUUUUCCCAGGUUCAUACAUCUUUUUUAACCUCAUAUAUUGGUCUGUCUACUGCUGAGAAAAAUAUAACGCUGCCAUGACUUGGAAAUUAGAGACACAAAGACAGGAGACCCUGGGGUGUUCAUGGAAAGAAGAUUCUACUCAUGAAAGUCACUGUGAUGCUGUUUGAUAUUUAGAAUUAGGUCCUGAUACUGAGCUUCACCGUUGGCACAGUUUGUCUUUUAUUCUCAACUCUGACAUCAUGUAGAAGCGGCUACACUAUCUGCAGCACUUGCCAUAAUGGAUCCCAAAGGAGAGCGUAGACUUCGACUUCUACUUGUUUCUAAGACUGUGCAAAAGAUGGACAACUUGGAUGUGGAUGUUUUUGUCUUUGAGGACACCAACAAAUUCCACUUUUGUUUCUUUACCUCUUUUUGCCAGUUCAGACUUGGUCCACAUUUUAUUUUUUUUAAUUAACAGUUAUUCAAAAUUGCCUAUUUUUUUUCUCAAUAAAUUCUUCCCUAAAGUUAUUUGUGUGAGUAUGUUAAUUGAACCCUUUC